CAACACACCACAACCCAACAUCAGAAAUCAAGAUCAGUGAUUAAAUCUCGAUUUGAAAGGCCCAGUACCUCUAGCCAUGGCAUCCUUCCAAAUCCUCUCCGAUCUCCAUCUCGAGUCUCCUUCCACUUACGACAUCUUCGACGUUCCUCCCAAAGCACCCCAUCUCGCGCUCCUGGGAGACAUCGGUAAUGUGCGCGACAAGGGCUUCUUCCCGUUUAUCGAAGCACAGCUACGUAAUUUCCGCACCGUCUUUUUCUUAAUGGGCAACCAUGAACCGUACCACUGCAGCUGGGACGAAGCCAGGCGCAAAAUCAACGCGUUUGAACGCGAAACUCGCGAAAAAGCAAAUCUAGAUCCAACUUCGGGCCUAGGAAUAUUCGUCUUUCUAGACCGCACGCGCUACGAUAUGCCCAAUAAUAUCACGGUUCUUGGAUGCACACUCUACUCGCACGUUCCCCCCGAGCACAAAGAGAGAGUGAGCUUCGGCCUCAACGACUUUUACUUGAUCGACGACUGGGCCGUCGAAGGCCACAAUGCCACUCACGCCGCGGACCUGACGUGGCUGAAUGAGCAGGUUGCUGCUAUAUCUGCGUCCGAGCCGCAGAGGAAGAUUGUCAUAUUUACACAUCAUAGUCCAAUUAUGCGGGAUGAGAGGGCUGUCGAUCCAGCGCAUAUCGGAAGUGCGAUUAGUUCCGGGUUUGCGACAGAUUUGAGUAGGGAGGAGUGUUGGAAGAAUCCGAGCGUGCGAUUAUGGGCGUUGGGACACACGCAUUUCAAUUUUGAUUUUGUGGUGGAUGCAGGGGAAGGGCCGGGGAAGCGAGUGGUGAGCAACCAGCGGGGAUACUACUUUAAGCAAGCUGGAGGGUUCGAUGUUGACAAGGUUGUGAGUGUUUAACUGUUUUCUUAGGCUGUGCGAGGAUAGCAUAAAUGGCUUUUUUCGCGCCUCUAUUCUCUAUUUCUAUCCUAGUAGGUGCUAUGCAGACCGGUUGAUUCUA